UCCAUCUUAUGUGAUGUCAUGUUUCCUCCUUCCGGAUGGUUUAUGUUCUCAAAUUGAAUCCAUGAUAAGCAGGUUCUAUUGGGGUGGUGAUGUUGACAAUCGAUGUGUUCAUUGGCUCAAAUGGGAUUCUCUUUGCCAACCCAAAUGCAAGGGUGGCUUGGGUUUCCGAGAUUUUAAAGCGUUUAACAUCGCUUUGGUGGGGAAGAACUGGUGGCGAAUCAUGUCGAAGCCAAAUACUAUGCUGGCACGGGUUUACAAGUCUGUAUAUUUCCCACGACAAACAAUCUUUUGAGCUAAGAAGGGUUAUAGACCAAGCUAUGCAUGGUCUAGCUUGUUGGGAUCAGCUUGGGUCUUUGAGCAAGGAGGUCUUUGGAGAGUUGGGGAUGGCAAAACGAUUAGAGCUUGGGACGAUAAAUGGAUCCCUUCCUCAACCCCAAUGGUGUACCGCGAGGAUGUGGCAGCGGAACUUCAUGUCACUCAUGUGUCGGAUUUAAUGCUUCCAAAUGGAGGGGGGUGGGACCGUGACAAGGUUGAGUUCCUGUGCUGGCCACCUACUGCAACAGCUAUCCUUUCUGUCCCCUUGCCCAUGUAUCAUUAGGAGGAUAGCUUUUUCUGGCCAGCUACUGUUGAUGGAUGCUACUCCUCCAAAACAGGUUAUCAAUUCAUCCGAAAUCAGCAUCAUGCGCGUGUGGCAUCGGGCUCUUCAGCUCCAGCUAUGAGGCCAGCUCUUUGGUUGAAACUUUGGAAGGCAGAGGUAGCACCGAGGUGCUGCGAAACGGCAUGGCGAGCAUGCCUCAACUUGCUACCUGUUCGUGCGUUAUUACACAGUCGAGGAGUGGCAACGGAUCCAUUGUGCCCUCGGUGUUUAGCGGCUCCGGAAACACAUGAGCAUGCUCUCUUUUUUUGUCCGUUUAUCAAACAGGUCUGGUUUGCCUCUCCGCUGGGGUUUCGUCUUCAUGAGGAGUGCUCGGUGCAAGAAUUUUUUACUGAAUUUCUGGGUGCAGCUGAUUGUAAUGGCAUUGGUAUGUUUUUCUCCAUCUUAUAUUCAGUGUGGCAGGCACGUAAUGAUCUUCUCUUCAGCGCGAAGCAAAGCUCUGUUGAUCAGAUCCUGUUGCGAGCGUCUAGCCUUCGCCCGUCGAGCAACCAGUUAACUGCUCCUCACCGCCAUGGCCGCGAGCAUGUUUCUUCAUGGCGUCGACCAGCUGCAGGAAUUUUUAAAGUGAACUUUGAUGCUUCAUUGCUACAAUCUCAUGAGGCUGGGUUCGGGUUUAUAGCAAGGAACAAGGAGGGGGAGGUCUUGGCUGCUGCUACAUCGACCAUGGGCCCGGUUCUUUCAUCGGUUUUGGCAGAAGCACUUGCUUUGCGCUGGGCCUUGGGGUUGGCAAAGGAAUUGGGGUUUCGCCGCAUCUGGGUUGAGACGGAUUGCUUGGUGCUAUACAACUAUUGGGAACGUAGAGAGGGUGGCUUCUCCCAUUUGGAAACAGUUGUUAAGGAUUGUCGUUUACUGCUUUGUAGUUUUGAUGUUUUUACUUUUACUUUCGUUCGUAGGACCGGCAAUUCUGUUGCCGACGCGUUGGCAAAACUUGCUUUUCGUUUAGGCUGUUUGGUUUGGAUUGAAGAGGCUCCGUUGGAGGUUUCCUCUCUCAUCCAGGAUGAUGUUUUUGCCUCUGUGGCUUCUUCUCUUUGAAUGAAACCCAAUUUCAAAAAAAAAAAAAAAAUCUCAGAUUUAGCCAAACUCUAGAGAAUGAAAAUCAACGUAAAAAAAAAAUGUAAUGGAUGAAGAAAAAGA